CCUGCUCAGGUCUCCUCUCCAGUCUUUUUGGUGGAACUGAGGUCUCCUAUCCGCCACAAACACAGCACAUGUCUCGACUUUCCAAGCUCUAUCUCCUCUCCUACAACUCCCUCCAGUGCCUCGGAUGGGCACUCGCUCUCUCCAGGGUUCUGGGCAGCGUCCUCGCCACCAAGUCUAUCCAUGGAGCAUACGCCUCUGCUGGAGAUCUCAUUUGUUUGCUGCAAACAAUUUCAUUCUUGGAAGUCAUCCACGCGGCCAUUGGAUUAGUUUCCAGUGGGGCAGUGCUUGCUCUGAUGCAAUGGGGAGGGAGGACUCACUUCUUGCUGGCCAUCGUUCGCCAGAUUCCGGAGGUCCAGAAUCUCCCAUCAGUUUUCAUAACCUUUACGGCAUGGAGCAUCUCUGAGGUAAUAAGAUACUUCCAUUAUGCUUUGAUUGGCAUAGGAACUAGCCCAUCAUGGCUCUCCUACCUCAGGUACACUGCUUUUAUACUUUUGUACCCCAUUGGUGUAGCUCCUGGAGAAAUGUGGCUUAUGUACCAAGCACUUCCAUUUAUAAAGGAGAGAGACCUUUAUGCAAACUUCUUUGACAGGCUCACAAUCAGCUAUUACUCGUUUAUUUUGGCUGUGCUGGUGUGUUAUCCAGUAUUAUGGUUGAAGCUAUAUUUGCAUUUAUUUAAGCAGCGGCAGUCAAAGCUAGGGAAGCAUCAAAGGAAGAAGAGACUUUGAAGGACUGAAAAGGAAGCCCUUUGGAUACAUUGGUCAGUUGUCUACAUCUUUACCAACAUGCCCGAGUUGGAGAGAUCUUUGGACUUGAAAUAAUUUUACACUAGAUGGAAAUUGUAGGCUUUACAUUUUUACUGUUCUAUGCUUGUUGUGAAGCAAAAGACUAUCUAGAGAUUAGGUUUUAUGCAUAUUUUACUCGCCAUGGUAGUGCUACACACUUCCAUUCAAUUGUAACUUGUUUAUCCAUAUAUAGAUUUCAUUAUUUACUUUA